AAACAUCCAAACACACAAACAGAGAGACAGAGAGAUGGAUUUUGAAUAUUUUGGGCAUCCACAUCCCAUGGUCUUGGUUGAAGAUCACAAUGCUGAUGCUAAUGAGGAUCAAAAUUGCAUAGGAUGCACAAAACCAAUAUUGGGUAUAGAUCCAAUCUACAGUUGCAAUGAGUGUUCAUUAUUUCUCCACAAAUCUUGUGCAAAACUACCGGAAGAAACUAACCACCCUGCCCACCCACAACACCCUUUGUCCCUCCUCUUUGAGCCUCACCUUACACAAAAAUGCGAUUCUUGCGAUGAACCAGAACCAUCCGAUCCAGUCUGCUUACCCAUGGCCGAUUCCUCAGUAAAUCUAGCAAACCAUCUUUUACAACAACUCAGCCGUAAAGACAACAACAAACCAACUGCGCUCGAGAAGAUCCAUCAUGAUCACCCAUUAACCCUCUUCGAGGUCUAUUCUGGGAGAAACAAAGAACAAAUCUCGAACGAAUUAAAGAACACUGAAAACACACCUACAACCCUCUUCGAACUCAUCUCAGCUCCUUACUAUGGUUGCUCUGAGUCCGACUGUGACUUCCUUCUCCACAAAUACAGUGCUGAUCUUCCAAGCAAAAUACAACAUCCACUUCACCCAAAACACACCCUCAAUCUCUUCACUAGCUGCUGUAUCUCCUACAACGCCUGCGAUGCUCUCUACAACACUUUCGCUUACCAGUGUGGCGAAUGCGACAACUUUAACAUUGAUGUUAAGUGUGCUUCAUUUCCACUCACAAUCCGACACGAUGCACAUGAGCACGUCCUGGCUUUUGACAAAGACCCAGGACGUGCUCGUUGCAAUGCCCAUCAAAAAGAAUUUGGAGGGUAUGCACUCCGAUGCAGUGGCAGACACUGCAAUUUCAACCUCCACAUUGGUUGUGCUUCUCUGCCGCGUACAGUUAAGCAAAGAUAUGACAAACAUGCCCUCGUGCUAACCUAUCGUCCUCUUGCCAAAGAGUACUGUUGUAAGAUUUGUGAGAAGGAAAUGAACCUAAAACAUUGGUUCUAUUGUUGCGCAGAUUGUGAAGUUGGUUUGCAUCCUGAUUGCAUUUGUGACCUUGCUAAGUAUCUAAAUUUCAAGUUUAAGGCUAAGAACCAUAGCGAUCAUCCUCACCCUCUGAGUUUUGUGAGGAAGUCGAAGGACAAUCCACCUCCGUGUGACAACAGCGGCAAUCCAAGCGAUGACCUUGCCUUUUAA